CACCAUUGGGGAAGACGCGGGGGAUGCCCGGUAAACGAAUGAACUUCGAUAGUGCUGUGGUGCGACAGGUAUCAGACAUCUAGAAGAACGGCGGUUCUCGAUCGCUGUCAGUGGCCCCUGCAGUGCGGCGUUGUGCAAUUCUAAUCGAACUUUACGGCAUACACUUCAGGUGAGAGCAUGGCUGGGAAAGUUGCUCUCGUCUUCGGCGCCAGCGGUGUCUCUGGCUGGUCGUUCGUUAACGAGAUCUUGAACGACUACCCCAAGAAAGGGGUCUGGCAAGAAGUCUAUGCUUUGACAAAUCGACCGCUAUCCAAAGAGACAUCUUGUUGGCCCGAUGAUCCACGGCUGAGCAUUGUGUCUGGAAUCGACCUCCUCAAGGGCACCCAAGAAGACUUAGAAGCGGAACUCAAGGAGAAAAUCCCGCACGUCGACAGAGUGACGCAUGUCUAUUAUCUAGCAUACAAAGCCAACAACGAUAUGCAUAAGGAGCUAAAGGAUGCCGUAGACAUGUUUCAGAGAUCGACGACCGCCAUGGACUGUUUGUCACCGGCCCUGGAAUUCGUCAUCCUCCAAACCGGAGCCAAGAUGUACGGAUGUCACUUACUCGAGAACCAUCCAACAGAUUACAUGUCUGUACCAUUAUCGGAGAAUCUGCCUCGACUCAAGGAACCAUAUCACGAUCUCCUCUUCUACCAUCCGCAAUUGGAUUGGCUUACUGAGUACUCGCGUAGAAAGAAGUGGAACUGGUGCGAUACCAGGCCAGACAUCAUCAUCGGUUUUGUGCCGAACCAGAAUUUCUACUCACUGGGAACGGUAUUAGGAAUCUACCUCGCAUUAUAUCGCGAAGUGGAAGGGCAAGGUGCCGAGUGUCCGUUCCCAGGAACGUCCAAGAGCUGGAUUGCGAAGAGUCACGACAGCUCCAGCGACAUGAUUGCUCGACAGACAUUGCAUCUUUCCCUCACACUUCCGCUGGACAGGAAGGGCGAAGGGUUCAACGUCGCAGACUCACGACAACACGAGUCGUGGAGCACGAAGUGGCCCGAUCUGUGUGGCUACUUUGGUCUGAAAGGGACCCCGCCACCGACCGCGGGUGAUCUGGAAGUUCGGAAGUACAUCCACGAACACUUUGACACAUGGAAGAAAAUGGAAGAGACAUAUGGAUUGCGAUCGGGAAUUGCUAAUUCGGACCUGACAUUCCAAGGAUUCGAGUAUUUCCUGCUGACGCAGUUCGACUUCGAUCGCCAGUAUGACAUGACGAAGAUGUACAAAACGACUGGAUUCAAGGAAGAGAGGACAACCAUACAGGCCUGGGGAGUUGUUUUUGACCGUAUGAGAGCGGCGAAAAUCAUCCCCUAAGCAUUGUGCUUGAAUCUGCCGACGUCCCUACAAGUUGACAGAGAGCGUAUGUAAAGACUGAGUGUAUCGUAAUGAAA